AUGGAUUCAAUGCCCCCCAUGGAUUUGGCUUCGUUCCAGCCUGAAUCAAUGAAAGCAUGGCUGUACUCUGGCACCUCCGGAGGUCUCGAGAACAAUUUGAAGUUCAACCCAUCCGCUCGUGCACCGCCUGCCCCUCAGGGGAACGAAGUUCUGAUCCGAGUCCUAUCAGCAGCCUUGAACCCAGUCGAUUAUAAGUUCCCUGAACUGGGACUGCCAGCGCGUAUGCUGAUGACCUUCCCUGCAUCUCCGGGCAUGGACUUUUGCGGUCGUGUAGUCGCGACCGGGCCGCUUGCAAAGCAUUUCAAAGAGGAUCAAUUGGUUCAUGGGUGCCCUGCAAGACCAGUCCAGUUUGGCUCGCUUGGGGAGUACAUCGUCAUAGGAGCAGACAGGAUCGGGGCUGUGCCGGAAAACGUCUCAGUCGAUCACGCAGCUGCUGUCUCGCUUGCCGGAUUGACCGCGUACCAAAGCUUAGAUGGGCAUGUGAAAGCCGGCGAGAAGGUCCUCAUCAACGGAGCUUCUGGCGGCUGCGGGAUUUUUGCCGUUCAAAUUGCGAAACAGCUGGGAUGCCAUGUCACAACGACAUGCUCCACUCGGAACAUCGAGUUGUGUUUGCGCAUGGGGGCAGACGCGGUGAUUGACUACACCGCGCAUAAAGACCUCGUCGCGGAGCUACAAAAACGAAAUGAGACUUUCGAUUGUAUUGUUGACAAUGUGGGCUUGCCUGCUGCAUUGUACUAUCAGUGUCACCACUUCCUCAAGGAAGAUGGAGCCUUUGUGCAGGUUGGUGCGUCAAGCCUGGCGACGUUCCUUGGACGAAUGGGGUGGCCCUCUUUCCUUGGGGGUGGGCAAAGGAAAUUUGUGCCCGUGAUGACGCAAAUGGACCACAAGAAACUGGCACAGCUCGGAGAGUGGGUGUCUGAGGGCAAGAUUCAGAUACAGCUCGACAGCGUCUUCGAGUUCCACGAAGCACAGAAAGCUUUUGAGAGGCUUCGAUCGGGCCGCGCGAGAGGCAAGAUUGUCGUGCAUGUCAGCGAUCCCCACAACCAGGACAUGGAGUCUUUCGGUAUUGGGCUUUGA